AUGUCGUCGUCACCGGCGUCAGCCUCAACUACGCCGAAGCCUCUGCAUAAAUACGGAGCAUUCGAUAUGGAUGAAAAUGCAUUUCUUCGUGCUCUCGUGGUUAUUGGAGGAAUCCUCUUUCUCGUAGCUGUCUAUUGUCUCAUCAAAUGUUGCCGGUCCAAUUCAAGCCGGAGUCGAGUACGAAAAUAUGACCUUGUGACGGCUAGAGACUUACAGCGGACGGCGCUCGCCGUCGAUUCCGAUUCUGAGGACGAUCUAUUCGAGCCGCCUUCAUCUGAUCGGCAAAAGCUUGUUCCUGCCAGCUCUUCUUAG